CUGUAACAGAAAAGAUAGACGGUGAGACUUGAAGUUCUACCGUAUUCUGAGAGACCCGGGAGGAUGAGAGCGAGAUGGACUGCUGUAAUUCGACAAGAAAUCUGGGCACCAAACGAUCACCACAGACUAUGUAGUAGUCAUUUUAUAUCUGAAGAACGCGUUUGGAGGACCGUCUCACAGCGAUGAACAGCAUAAAAAGAUAUUUGGCGGACAGAAGAGUGCCUUGGCCUUGGACAAAGAAGGAUGACUUGCCAAAUGAGUCAAGCCCUCUCAUACCAAAGGGAGAUGCAGUGCCUCACGGAAGCACCGAGCUCCAUCAAAUGGACACAAGCGGUGAACACGAGCCCAGAUUCAAAACCAUCCGGCCCCGCCGCAGUUAUUCUUUCAUGGACUACUUUCUCAAGUACCUCCUGGUUCUGAGCAACCUGACCUUCUCCGUUCUGGGCCUGCUUCUUCUCGCCUUGGGUUUCUGGGGCCUCAUCAGCAAAGAGUCCUUCGCUCAGGAGAAAAUCGGAAGCAUUGGCACCGACCCGAUGUUGCUACUGGUGACUCUAGGCCUGGUGCUGACGUCGCUGUGCCUGACGGGCUGCGUGGGUGCCUUGCGGGAAAAUUGUUUCCUGCUGAAGGUGUUCUCAGGAAUCCUGCUGGCGCUCAUCACGGCCCAGGUUUUUGCAGUUAUAAUAGUGUACAAUAUGCAACAGCAAAUCGGAAACAUGUUGCGAUCAGCCAUGUUGGCCGCCAUGGCCCGCUACCAGGACGACCUGGAUUUGAGGUUCAUCACCGAUGAGAUUCAGUCCAAUAUGCAGUGCUGUGGGGCAGAUACGUAUCGAGACUGGGACGUCAACAUAUACUACAACUGCUCCGCUCCGGGAAUUAUGGCCUGUGGCGUUCCUGCGACGUGCUGCAUUAACCCGCUGGAGAACGGGACGUUGUGGAACUCUCAGUGCGGCCUGGGCGCCCAGUCGCUGGACGAGUUCAGCGCCCAGAGCGUGAUCUACCUCGGGGGGUGCUUGAGGAACAUCUCGCUGUGGUUGCAGCAGCACGAGUUCUCCAUUGGGACUGUGAUUCUGGUUCUACUGGGAGUGCAGGUCCUGACUGUUUUUGCCACCACGCGACUCCAACAGAGGAUUCACUGGCAGAAAGUUCACACGUAACGGGAUGUAAAUUGGAAUUGUAUGUUGAUAUUGAACACAUUGGCAUAACGGUGCUAGACGUCCAAUUCAUUUGAAGAGGAAGGGCUAGCAGCCAGCACUCCCAGUCCAAAUGGAUUAGACGUCUAUCAAGUGGGAACUUCGAAAGACAACUAGAAUGCAUCCUCAAGCAAUAGAUGUAAAAAAACAGUAACAGCUUCAGUAACAGUAAAAUUUUUGCAGUAGAUUUUUGUUCUUUUAAACUGAAAAUCAUUGUUGGAAAAAUAAUUGUGUUGUUUUUUUUUUUCCCCUGAAAACCAUGGCGUCUUUUUAAGAUGUUGCAAAUAAGAAUGAGUGUGUGUUGGUCACAUGUUGGGAAAGCACAAGGACAUAACAAUGGUGAAUGAGGUACUUAUGGCCGAGAUGAAGUAAUGGUUUGGUCCAUAAAAAACAGUCAUUAAUAAAAUACCAAGGUAAGGACACCUGGAAUUGAUUUACUGUGUGUGUGUGUAGUAAUGUGAGCCAACUCUUUGUUUGUGUAUUUUCAUUUCAUGACAGUAUUUCUAUGAUGGAUUUCAGAUUGACCUGUUAGCAUUUUUAUUACACUGCAGUGAAUAGACCCUACUCACCUACAUCACAAAAUGACGUGUCGCUGUAUCCGGCCGCCAUAUUGUCCAUCAUUUUUUAGACCUAUUCUCAUUGUUUUCAAUUAGUCGUGCAAGUUAUAGAGCAAUUCAUGGAAGCCCCGGUGUUGUCAGACGCUGUAAACUCAUUGGAUGCGUCGCAUAAA